UUGGUUGGAUGUUAUGUUGAUAGAAGAGUUGUACGAACACUGAUACCAAAAACACAAUCGAACGCAUCUUAUAUAGCGCCUCCUACCGGAAGUCCAAAACGAAAGGAAAAUUCCGUCGUCAAGGUCCAACAGAAGGCCGGAAAAGCGUCGCGUUUGGCUCGUUAUAAAAGCAGACGAUCAUUGGGACAAACGAUUACAGUUCACUUGCAACGUUUUCGCGAUCAUAUCCAAUCGAUCAACGCACUCAACUGUGACCAUGAAGGGAUUCAUCGCGAUCGCUGUGUUGGCUCUGGCCACCGUCUCCCAGGGAUCAUAUCUGCCAGCGGUGCAGUCGGUCCUUCCGUACGCCUACAGCUCUGGACUCCAUGGCGUGAGUGCCUAUGAUGGUCUGGGCCAUUACUCGUCGCUCGGUGGACUAGGAUACUCAUCGGUACUAGACCAUGGCCUCUCUUACCCGUACUCGGCCGCUCUUCCGUACUCUGGCUACAACAACGGUCUGUAUGGAGGAUACUAUGGCGCCAAGUACGCUCCGACUGUGGUCCAGGCCAACGUGAACACUCUGAAGACGGUCAGCCCGCUGGGUCUGUAUAGCGGAUACUACGGUGCCAAGUACGCCCCAACUGUGGUCCAGGCCAACGUGAACACUCUGAAGACGGUCAGCCCGCUGGGUCUGUAUAGCGGAUACUACGGUGCCAAGUACGCCCCAACUGUGGUCCAGGCCAACGUGAACACAUUGAAGACGGUCAACCCACUGGGUCUGUAUGGAGGAUACGGAGUGGAGCACGGAUACGGACUCGGUCAUGGAUACGGCUACGGAUACAACAACUACCUCCCAGUCCAGGGUCAUGCUGCGAAGUACGUUGCUGCCAACCCAGGAGCCGUUCAUGUGGCCCCUCUGCCAGGCCAUCUGGUCAACCAGAAGUCGAUUGUGGCGUAAAUGACUGUGAUCUCGAUCAAAUGUAUGUGGAAUUGUAAAUAAAUGGAACAUUCAA